AUGGAUAAUCGCAUAUUAUAUGUGCAGCAUGAUAAAUCUACACUAGAUUUAGUGACAGAAACAAUCCCAUCCGAUUUACACAGAAUGCAUAACUUGCAGUCAAAUGGUAGUCUAUUGUUAUGUCAGGAGGAUUACAGUCCUAGUAUAUCACAUCCAGUAUCAACGAUGGCAUCAAGACAAACAAUGGAAAGUGAUCAUAUAACAGAUUCAAUAAGUUCAAGAAACGCAUUUGAUAGUCCUUUGAAUGAUGAAUUCAUGUUAAGUCAUUAUUUAAAUCAUCCUUUAAAUCUACUACCUUAUUAUUAUUAUCAUCAUUGUCAUCCCAAUACAUCUAUGGAUAAGUUUAUUUAUCCUAGUGAUACACAACACAGAAAUGAAUCAUCACCACCACAGCAGAUGAAUCAUUUCUGCAACCUUAAUCAUACUGAGACAAUCAAUUCAUCAACGCCAUCAAAAGUAUCUAAAAAGUUUCGAAGUAAUUCAUCGCGUUCAACACAUCACUGGACUUGUAUAUGUCCAUAUUCAUUAAAUGGAAUUAAUGAAUGUACAGAUAAACAAGUCAACUUUGAUACUGGUCGAUAUUUCAGUAGCAAUGAAAAUCAAAUAUCAACAAAAGGAAAUUUUAAAAGGGAUCAUGGAAUACAUGAUCAGUAUUUACAGUCAAAUGCAAUAAAUUUAUCUUUAUCGUCAUCAUCGUCAGCAUCAACGUCAUCACCAUAUGUAUCAUUUUCAUCCUCUUCUUCAUCAUUUGAAUGUGCUAGAAGUUUUAUUCGCCUUAGAAAUGCACGUGAAAGAGAACGUGUUCGAUGUGUCAAUGCUGGUUAUGAAUCAUUACGACGUCAUUUACCGUUAACAGUAUUACCAGAUAGAAGGUUAGCUAAAGUUGAAAUACUACGUGGUGCAAUUAAUUAUAUCAAUGCAUUGAAAAAAUUACUUGAAAAUAACAACUGA